AUAAACACAUGUGGAAUGGGCCGCCUCCUCUGUGAUAAACGAAAAAACUGAAGCGAGAAGGAAGAGAAUUGCGGUUGCAGAUGGGUAGUGAGAGAAAGUCGAAGGAAGAAGAUGACAAGACCAAAAAGAAGAGAACUCGUCAUUCUUCCCCGCAAGAUGCAGGGAGAAGCAUAAAGCGAAAAACAUCUCCAGAGAAGAGCAGCACUAAAAAGAAGCACAAGUCUCAUAAAGAAGUGAAGUCAGAAACGAAACAUAAGGACAAGCACCACAAGCGUGAUCGGCAGUCAAAAGUUGACAUAGAAGAAAUAUCCAGCUCCGAUUACUUUAAGAAAAAUAAUGAAUUUUCCACCUGGCUGAAAGAGGAGAAAGGUGUGUUCUUUUCAGAUCUUUCAGCUGAUUCUGCACGUGAAAAGUUUUUGAAGUUUGUGGAGAAAUGGAACAAAGGAAAGCUACCAUCCCAAUACUAUGAGGGCAUUAGCACCGGGCCUCGAACAUCCCAUAAUUGGAAAAUUAAAAUGUAAUACGAUGGUUACUGGUUGAUUUGUUUUGCUAUUAUAUGUAAAUGACUGUUUUCCGUUGGUUCUGUUUUCUUUUGUGUAGAAUUAGGAUAUUUAUAUUCGGUUCAGAAAAAGAGAUCUAACAAGCUACACAUGCUAAUCGAAUCUACUAAAUUAGUACAUCUUUAUUUCUCA